AUGAGUAGUGUGGAGUCCACAAUCAUUAAUCCGUUCCUGGACUCUGAGUUUCGUUAUGUGCUCAUCCCGGUUUUCUACAUCAUCUUCUUCAUCCUGGGCUUCAUCUCUAACCUCUACGUGCUGUUUGUCCUGUGCUGCCUUCAUCAAGCCAAGGCCAUUAAAGAAAUUCACAUCUACAUGACAAACUUGACCAUCACUGAUCUUCUGUUUGUGUGUGCUCUUCCCUUUUGGAUUGACUACUAUAUUCGUGAGGGAGACUGGGUUUAUGGAGAUGUCAUGUGCCGGGUGACAGGCACCUUCUUUUUCAUCAACACCUACGGCACCAUCCUCUUCCUUGCAGCCAUCAGCAUCAACAGAUACUGGGCGGUGACUCGGCCUCUGGACGCAGCCUCGUCAGACCACAGACUUCGUGGAGUCAUUGUUUGUAUUUGUAUCUGGGUGUUUGUUCUGGCAAUGUCUGUUCCUUUUCUGGUGAGUCCAGGGACCAACGUGCACUCUAAAAACAACACCAACAUAUGUCGCUGUUUUGAGGGAUACCAGGGUGGAACUAUUGACAAGAAGAAAAAAGUGGCUGUUACUCAUUUUCUAAUAAUUGGAUUGUUUUUUGUUGUCUUUAUACUCAUUGUGAUAUGCAAUAUCCUGAUUGCUCAAAGUUUAAUUUCUAAAAAUUCUCCUCAGUCGGAAAUUCAGUCUUCAGGAACACAGUGUAAGAAGCCCAUAUUUAAACGGCCGACAGGGGUAAAACGGAGGGCUCUCCAGAUGUUGCUGGCAGUGGUGGGAGUGUUUGUUCUGUGUUUCCUGCCACACCACAUAGUUCAAGGCCCCUGGGUUCUGGCAGUGCUGGAGAUCAAAGACGGCUUCGGCCACGUGAAGUACAGCGAGGCCACUCGUCAGUUGCUGAGCGACGCUCAUCAGAUCACCCUGGUUCUUAUGGGCCUCAACUGCAUUUUGGAUCCUGUAGUUUAUUAUUUUGCCACAGGGAAGUUUAGAGGACUCAUCAAGGGCCACACUGCAAAAUUAAUCCCAUGCACUAAAACUCGGAGCUACCAUUUAAACCAGCCUGCAUCACCUGUUUGA